UACAUGUGAAUGUUAUCAUUUUUUUCUUUAUUUAAUGAUAGCGUACUGUUCAAAUAAAAUGUUCCUGGUCACGUGUGUUUACCGGUCUUAUCUGAACCAAAGAUGGCGUGUUGGUGUUCAUCUUUACUCAGUGUGUUUGUAAGCUUUCUAGUAUUGGAUGUGGUGAACGCUCGUUAUUGCUAUUACUACUCCUACUCGACCUACUACAGCUACUACUGCUCAUACUAUUAUUCUGUACCUAUUGGCACGAUCGUGGGAGCCGUGAUUGGAACUUUGAUUGGCAUAGCGGUACUUGUAUUUUUAUUGGUAUUCUUUUGCUGCAUCAGACCACGCCGUCUGGCGGCCAGGGGCACAGUACUCCAGCCAGUUGGAUCCAAUGUAGCCGUCGUUUCCACAACAACUGGAGGUGUGCAGUAUGGAGGCGGUUAUGUUAACACAGCUGCUUAUCCCCCAGGGACUCAGCCCGCCUACCCACAGUACAAUUAUCCUCCGCAACAGCAAGCUCCCCCUACCGGGUACCAACCCCCUCCGGCUUACAAGUAAAAUGGACUAGUUAAUGAACUGUAACAACGGUUCUAAAAAGUGGAAUAUGUUGCGCUUUCAAUGUAACAUUUCAUGAUUUCAUCAUAAUAGUAUUCAAUUCCAUUCUUAAUUUCCUUUUGUCACCUACUUUAAAAAAAAAACAAACAAAAGAUCGAUUUCAAGCACAUAAUAUCGAGAAAAUAUAUUUUGCAAUAAAAUUUUUUCACAUGUUUUUCAAGAAUAUAAUAAUAUUUUAAAAACUUUCCAUCCACGAGUGAGCCUUUGUCACCUUCUUGUGUGACUACAUAAAAUACUUUUUCCGGCAAAUUAUAAUUAGGAAAUUAUAGUUAACUUUAUACUCAUGUCCUUUGGUACAAGCAGAUUUGUUUUCUUAGGAAUGAAGACUAUUUGUAAUCCAGAAAAUUUUCUCUACAUUUAAAAAAAUGAUAUGCAUUUCUUAGACUUUCUUCUUA